AUGUCGGAGCUCAAGUCGGAGCGCACGGGCUCCGUGGCGCCCAUGGCGUCGACGUCGGCGGCGUCCCUGCUCACGUCGUCCAUGUCGUCGCAGGGCCCGUCGCCGGGCAAGAUGGCGUCGCCGUCGGCGGCGUCGCUGCUGAGCGGCUCCUGCGCGAGCCCGAAGAAGACGUCGCGGCGGCCCAAGUCGCGGCGGCGGCCGCGCGCGUCGCGGGGCUGCCCCGCGAACAUCGAGCCCAUGCUGGAGCCACAGCCCGGCGCGGACGCGCCGGACCGCUACGAGUCGCGGGGCUCCUGGAGCUACACGUGGUGGCUGCCCGACGACCUCCCCGAGGGCGAGGCCGUGCCGUUGGGCACACAGGUCUGCGUCCCCGCGCGGGGCGGCCUCCCGCCGCACCUCGCGUUCGUGCCCUACAAGCAGCCCCCGGACGGCGGCCAUCCCGUCUUAGUGUUCCUCCACGGGUCCGGCGAGUCCGCGCCGACGCCGCUGCGGCGCGUCGCGCUCCAGGGCCCGCCGCAGACGGCGGGCCGCGACCCGGCGAGCCUCGACUUCGCCGUGCUGUCGCCGCAGAAGCCCAAGGGCCGCGAGUUCGCGGACGACGACGUCGCGGGCGGCAUCGUCAAGCUCGUCGACGCGUACGUCGCGUCGCACCGCGUCGACGCGUCCCGCGUCUACCUCACGGGCGUGAGCGCCGGCGGCGUCGGCUGCUGGGGCCUCGGGGCGCACGCGACGUACCGCGCGCGCUGGGCGGCGAUCGCGCCGAUCUGCGGCGGCCUGCGGAGCCGCGGCAUGCGCCACGGCGCCAGGGCGCUGGCGGCGACGCCCGUCUGGUGCUUCCACGGCGCGAACGACGACGUCCUGCCCGUGUCCAUGUCGGACACGACGGUCGACGCCUGCGCGAGGGCCGCGCGGUCCGCGCCGCUCCGCUACUCGCGGCUGGAACACGCGGCGCACCGCGACUACGGCUGGCCCUGCGCGGGCGUCCACGACCGCACGGGCCACGCGGCCUGGGUCCACGCCUACUACCCGCCGGACCGGCCCGCGGGCGACGUGCCCCUCUACGCGUGGCUCCUGGACCAGUCCCGGAGCCAGGACGCCGCGGAGGCGGACGAGCCGGAGCCCUGGAUCGUCGGCGCGUCGAAGCCCGUCCACCCCAUCACGGGCCUCGGACCGAGCCCCGGGAACCAGGUCAACGCGACGCGGUGGCUCAGCGGCGAGCCGCUUCCGUCGGCGCCGCGGCGGUGCGACGAGCAGCCGGACAGACAGGGCGACGCGGCGCCGUUGCGGCCGACGUCGAUGGCGCGCGCCGUCGGCAGCGGCCCCAGGAGCAGCGCCUCGCAGCGGUCGUCGGCGACGGUCCGCGGCGCCGCGUCGGGCCGCGGCGCCGCGCUCGGCCACGGGCUCGGCGGCAACGACAGCGGCGGGCUCGGCGGCGGCGGCGUCGGCGGCGGCGGCGGCAGCGACAGGAGCGGCGGCGGCGACCCGAAGGCGUCGGCCCGCGGCGCUGAGCGCCGGCCGUCGGCGACGGCCCGCCGAGGCGACGCCGCGUCCUCGCCCCCGUCCUCGCCCCCGUCGAAGGCGAAGCUGCGGCGCAUGUCGCGCAGCCUCUACGUGCGCGGCGAGCGGCGCCUCGGGAGCGGGCGCUACGAGGACGCCGCGGACCUCUUCCGCGAGUGCGUGGCGCUGACGCCCAAGGACUCCUACGCCUGGCGCGCGCUCGCGACCGCGCUCGCGGCGGACCCCGGCGGCCGCGCGUCGGACGCGCGCGACGCGUUCGCGCGCGGCGCGGCGCACUGCGGCAGCGUGCACCUCGUCCACGCCUGGGCGAGCUUCGAGGCGGCGGAGCAGCGGCACGACGCCGCGCGGGGGCUCUACGAGCGCGCGCUCGCGCUCGACCCGGCGUCGGCGUACGUGCGGCACGCGUGGGGCGUUUUAGAGCGCGACGUCUUCCACGACGACGCCAAGGCCCUGGCGCUCUUCGAGGACGCCAGUGCCGCCAAGUCGGCGCUGCUGGACGUGGCGGCGGCGGAGACGCGCUACGGGGGCGACGUGCGCCGGCUGCGGGCGCACCUGCUGGAGCUCCUCGGCGCGCGGUCGCCGCGGCGCGACGACGCGGUCGUCUACCGGGCCUUCGCGCGCUGCGCCAUGAGCGGCGACGAGCGCGUCGCGGCGCUGCAGCGCGCGCUCGAGGCGGAGCCGCGGAGCGGCGCGGCCGCGGUGGAGCUCGCGGAGGCGUACGAGGACGACCUGGGCGACGCGCGGCGCGCGCGCGCGUUCCUGCGGUCCUUCCUCGACGGCGGCCCGCGCAACGGCACGAAGGCGCGGGACCCCCGGGGCGCGUCCCAGCGGCGCUGCGCGGCCAAGGCGCUCGCGCGGCUCGAGCGGGACGCGUUCGGGAACCUGGACCAGGCCGCGCGAUGGUACGCGCGCGCGCUCCGCGAGGACAGCGCUUCCGGAAAACCCGACUGCGGCGUCGCCAUCGCCGCGGCGGAGUGCGCCGUCGAGCGGGGGCACCACGCGCUGGCCCGGGAACUGCUGGGCCGCGCCGCGAAGGCGCACCCGAAGCGCGCGAGCCCGUGGAUCGCGCUCGCGAAAUUGGACGUCGCGCGCGGCGACCGCGACGCCGCGGAGCGCUGCUUCGGCGUCGCCCUGAAGGCGGAGCCGACGCACGGCGCCGCGUCGCUCGCGCUGGGCAAGUGCCGCCACGAGGUCUGGCGCGACGCCGAGGGCGCCAAGGACGCGUACAAGGGCGGCCUCGCGACGCUGCACCGCGACCGCGAGACGUCGCGCGCCUACGCGCAGUGGGCGCCGGCGCUCUGGCACGCCUGGGCCCAGGUCGAGCUCGCCCAGGACGCCCACGGCCGCGCGGCGACGCUCCUGAACCGGGGGCUCAAGGAGAUCGGGUUGGCAAAGCGCAAGCGGCGGCGGCUGCCGAGCCACGGCAAGGACGAGGCGUUCCUCCGCCACAGUUUAGGGAGCCUCGAGCUGCGGCGCAAGCGGCCCAAGGAGGCGCUGGACGCCUUCCGGUCGGGCUACGCGCGCCUGGAGCCGACGACGCGGCCGACGCGGCGCGACCGGUCCGCGAGCCUGCUGCUGCUGGGCGCGGCGAAGGCGUCGGCCGCGCUCGAGGCCGCGCGGCGCGACGCCGACGAGCGCGCGGCGCCGCCGGGCCCGUCGCCCCUCGCGAAGAAGGCGGCGGAGCGGCUCGCGGGGUCCUUCAAGCGCACGUUCUGGCGCCGCGACGCCGCCGCCCCCCUGAAGACCGCGCCCGAGUGCUUCGAUCUGGCGACGCGCGCGGACCCGUCGCACGCCGAGGCGUGGACGGACUGGGCGGCCUACGAGCUCAAGCGCGGCGACCCGGAGGCCGCGGCGGCGCUGCUGGACGCGGCGGCGGCGGCGCCCAUCGUCGCACCGUCCGUGGACCUCGCCAAGGCGCGCGCGGACCGCGCGCUCCGCGACGACGACGGCGACGGCGACGCGCCCGACGCGAGGCGCGCCAAGGCGCGGCGCCGCGAGCGGCUCGCGGAGGCGCGCCGGGCCCUCGCCCUGGGCGCCGCGCGCUUCGUCGACGGCGUCGACGAAAGCCUCGCGCCGAACCGGGUCCUCGAGGCGCUCGACGGCGCGCUCCCGAGGCGGUCCGAGCGGGCGCCGCCGGGCAAACGCGGCGCGGCGCGGGCCGGCGCGGCGCAGCUGCUGGCCCACUGGAGCGACCUCGAGCUCAAGAACGGCGGGGACCCCCAGGCGAAGCGGCUCGCGACUUUGGCGCUCCGCGCGGACGGCGCCUGCGCGGAGGCCCACGUCGCGCUCGGCAACGUGCUCGACCGCCGCGGCGACGCGGCCGCGGAGGCGUGCUUCGAGGACGCCGUCGCCCUCGACCCGGCGCUCGGGCCCGCCCACGCGGCGCUCGCGGCCCUGCGGCGCAACAAGGGCGACUUCGGCGGCUGCCGCGCGGCGCUCGCGCGGGGCCUCGACGACGCGCCGAACUACGCGCACCUCUGGCACGCGGCCGCGGAGCUCGAGGCCAUCCUCGGCAACCUGGACGGCCUCGCGAAGCUCCACGAGCGCGCGCGCGACGCGUUCCCGAGCGGGCUCCUGCUCGUCGAGGCCGUCGUGAAGGACAAGUUCGCGGCGACGGGGAUCCGGAUCCUCGCGCAGGGCGUCCUCGGCGGCGCGGAGAUCGACGCGAAGCAGCUCAUCGACAAGCACUACUACGCCAUCGCGAGCAAGGCGACGAUCCUCACGCCGGACCAGCUCGUCGUGCCCGAGGACAAGUUCGAGGAGAAGUUCGGGGUCUCGUGGAAGGACGCGCUCGCGUCGGGCAGGGCCGCGAACGCGAUGCAGGCCUGCGAGAAGCUGGCGAUGACGCCCGACGAGCUCCAGAGCGUGUGGAAGGGCGUCUGCGGCGCCGGCGGCAUGAUCAAGUUCGGCGGCGGCUUCUACUGCGGCAAGAUCGAGAAGGGCGGCGUCGAGCUCUUCGUCUUCAACCCGUUCUUCAUGGCCAUGCGGUCCAAGUUCACGGCGCCGGAGGCGACGAUCCGCUGGUUCGACGUCGAGUUCGACGUCGACAAGCUGUCCUGGGCCGACUUCCGCGGCACGGUGUUAGGGCCCACGGACCCGGCCAAAGCGCCCGACGGGUCGCUGCGCAAGGCCAUCCUCGACGGCUGGGAGGCCCUGGGCCUCGCGGCCACGCCCGACAACACGGACAACGGCGUCCACGCCUCGGCGAGCCCCUUCGAGGCGCUGGCCGAGCGCGCGAACUGGCUCGCCGCCGACGUCGAGGCCGACUCCUACGGCAAGGCGCUGCUCGCGUGCGGCGUGUCCAAGGAGACGAUCGCCGCGUGGGCCGUCGACCCCCGCGUCCCGUUGGGCGGCAAGGAGGGCUCCAUCUUCGACGCCCUCGAGGACCUCAACGCCAACGACUGCCUCUUCAAGGCCGUCCACUACGCGCAGUGCGCCUAG